UUCAAAAACUCAAGCAGCCUAUAUAUAGUGAUGGAGCACCCCAGCCACAGGCAUCCACUGAUCCUAAAUGAAAGAUAUAUUGCUAGGGAGGGUGAUGUUUGUCGUGGCUGCGGCGAACAAAUACUGUCGUGUAAAUCAUUUGUUUAUAGUUGCAGUGGUAUCACCGGCACUGAUAUUAGUGAUACUAAUAGAUCUUGUGCCAAAUUUUUACUGCAUAAAAAUUGUGCAGAAUUACCCCUAAGUUUUCAAAAUCCAAACAAACUGAAAGAGCUUUUUCUUCUCUGUUUCGAUUUUUCCAAUCCUAAUGUACAAGAGCAUUUUCUAUAUGGAGGAGCUAUUUUAGAGUGUGACAUCUGUGACAUAGAAAUACCAUGGAGUCGAGAUCAAUUCUUCUAUUAUAAUGAAGAAACUGAUUCUUGCAUAUGCGUCGGUUGUGUUGUGUUCCAAACUCACAUGCCCUUGGAGGAUCCGAAAUCUUUGCAUCCGUCUCACAAUCAACAUUUGUUGUCCUUAAUUCAGAAUCCAUCCUCGUUCAAGUGUCAUGCUUGCAACGUGGAUGAUAAUAUCAAAGACAUGUCUUACAAAUGCACCAGAUGUCAAUUUUGGAUACAUAAGAGUUGUGCUGAUGCACCUAUGUCUUUCCAUUUUCAAUUUCACGACAAGCAUCCCCUUAUUCUUUCAUUUUCUCUCCCACUUCUUUAUCACAAAUUUAGGCAAUUUUGUGGAGUAUGCAGUAAGAAAUUAAGUCGGCUGGCUUGGAUUUAUUAUUGCCGCUACUGCAGAUUUUUCGCUCAUUUUCAAUGUGCUAGAUCCAGCCAUUCAGUGAGCCCUUGUGAAAAAGAAACUGAUGAUGACAAUGUGGUGCAAUUGCCGGUCGCUGAUGAACUAUCAGCAAAUUUAAUGUGCGAAAAAUUUGUUAAGGCUAUGGUUAUUGAAAUCUCCAGCAAUGUUAACAACAAUUUUAUUUUGGGAAGUGUUAUUAACCAUUGGACUCACCAAGAACAUCAUUUGCAACUCAUUAAUAAUACGCGAGAGUUGAAAAUUCAGCAAGAGCAAGAUGAUGAUGAAAAGUUAUUGUUAUGCGAUGGUUGCGUGCAACCUAUUGGAAAUGACCAAUUCUAUGGCUGUGUUAGUUGUAAAUAUUUUCUGCACAGGUCAUGUGCUGAAUUGCCAAGGGAGAUGAACCACCUCAUUUUAGGCUACAUCAUUGCAAAUAAGCGGAGGGAACCAUACAAAUUGAAUUGUUGCACAGCUUGUAAUAUUAUGGGCAACGGAAUAUUCUUCAACAUUUUUACUUGUCCUUGUCACAUUGGAUGCAUGGCAUUGCCCAAAAUGAUCAAACAUGAAGCUCACCGUCACAUGCUUAAACACGACCGAUUAGACUAUGAAGCAUGUAGAAGUUGCAAAGCAUGCAGAAGAUUUAUUUCGGUCGGAACUCGGAAGAGUCUUAGCUAGCCACCAGUGUAAAGAGUGUGAAUACCAUAUAUGUGGUUCAUGUAUUAUGAGGCCAAGAGUAGCUAAGCAUCCUUGGGAUAUUCACCCCCUCCGCUUGAUAUAUGAACCUGGCAUGGUUGAUGAUCAUGAGCAUGAUUUCAAUUGUGAGUUUUGCUCCGAAGAUAUCGACACAAACAGGUGGUUCUAUCAUUGCAGUGAUUGUGAUCUAUCAUUUCAUCUUUACCGAUGUUUCGAUGAAUCAAGUUAUCGACAGUACUCGAGAGUUAAGUUUGGGGCUACUGAUAUUAUCAUUGACAAACUCCAUCCUCACAGUCUAACAUUUGUAUUGAACAAAAAGUCUCGGAGCUGUGAAAGAUGUCACCAAAAUCAGCUUGGUGAGCCGGUUCUCGAAUGUUCUUGGCCAUGUAAAUCAAUAUUUUGUACAUAUUGUAUUCAAGAUUAUUCUUCUGAUUCUGAUUCUGAAGAUGAUUCUUCUUUUACAGAAUAAACUACGUGUCUUCUUCUUAA